AUGGUUAUUGUUAUUCGUAGCGAGUUGGAAGGUCUUCUCCGUACCUUCUAUGGAGAUAUAUUCGCGUUAAAAGAAGAUGGUGGCAUGGAGAUAUACCCUAUCUUCAACAUUUUACCGGACAGAAAGUUAUAUAUGGAUUAUUAUGAACAGAUCGAAAAACCUAUUUCGUUGAAUACCUUGAAGAAAAGAAUCCCUCAUUAUACUGAAGCUCAGGAUUUUUUAAAUGAUGUAGCCCAAAUGGCAUGGAACGCCAAAACAUAUAAUACAAAAGAAUCAGAAAUUCAUAAAUAUGCAAAGGUCCUUGAGAAAUAUCUCAUAAAUGACAUGUUUCCAAAACUGCAGGAGAAAUAUCCUCAUGUUAGAUACCCAUAUUUAGGACCUUUACCUGAUGCCGAAGAUGAAGCCGAACAAAUCGCACUUAGGGAUAAGCAAAGAUUACAAGACGAAAAGAAUGGUAUCAAACCAGAAGAUUUGAUUAAGGCACCACCAACACCAGUAGAAUCUAAAAAGUCCCCAGAUGUAGUAGUCGAAAGACCAAGAAGAAACAUGAGAACUAUGGAGGAGAGGAAAGUUGUUGUAGAAGAUUCUAAUGAUGAAGAUGAAAAUUAUAACCCUAUGAAAAAGAACACAAGCAUAAGAGCGACAAGAUUACAACCAAGAGUUCAGUAUGACACAUUAAAUGCAUCAGAUGAUGGGUCUACAUAUUCGCGUUCCAAUACACCUCAAAUGACGAAGGUUAUCAAUUUGAAAUCAAAUGGUCCAAAGACAAGUAUAAGACGUGGUAGACCUCCAGUAAUUGAUUUACCAUAUCUUCAAAGAGUGAAAAAUGUUUUAAAAAAUGUAAGGAGAGAAACUGAUAGAUCUAAGAAUCCCUUAAUAUCAAUAUUUGAAUAUGUUCCAGAUGAAAUGCGUCGUGGAAAGUAUUUAAGUAUGAUUCCAAACCCUAUCUGCAUAGAAGAUAUGAGAACAAAAUUAAGACUUCGAACAUACCCAAAUUUUCCAGCCUUUCAAAAUGAUAUUGCCCAAAUGUUAUCUAACUAUAGGUUAUUUUAUGGUAAUGAUCGUGAAGUUGUGGAAACAAUAAAUCGUUUAGAAAAAGUGUUUAAAGUACUUUGUAAGCAUGAAUUAGCAAGACCUGAUAAGUACUUUUUAUCUGAUGGUAUUUUGAGAUACCCAAUUGAUAGUAUUACUGUUAACAACGUAAAAUUUGUCAUAGGUGAUUGGGUUUUAUUGAAAAAUCCAAAUGAUCCGUCCAAGCCAAUUAUUGCUGAAAUAUUUAAAUUAUGGCGUACUGAAGAUGGUCAGGAGUGGUUAAACGCAUGUUGGUAUUUCAGACCAGAGCAGACAGUACAUAGAGUGGAUAGAUUGUUUUACAAGAAGGAAGUUAUGAAAACAGGUCAAUAUAGAGAUCAUGUGAUAGAAGAUGUUGUUGGUAAAUGUUAUGUUAUUCAUUUUACACGAUAUCAACGUGGUGAUCCGGAAUUUCCAGUGAAGGGUCCUCAGUUCGUUUGUGAAUACCGUUAUAAUGAAUCAGAUAAGAUUUUCAACAAGAUUAGGACAUGGAAAGCAUGUUUACCAGAAGAAGUUAGAGAUAUCGAUGAACCAACGAUACCAAUAAAUGGUAGAAAAUUUUUCAAAUAUCCUUCUCCGAUUAGAAAUUUAUUGUCUAAAGAUGCUACUGUAAAUAGUAAAAUCCCACCGGCGGUACAAGGCAAUCCAGCAGGUCCACCAUUGGUAGGUGCAGUUUAUAUGAGACCUCAACUUGAUAGGGAUGACCUUGGUGAAUAUUCUACAUCCCCAGAUUGUCCGAGACAUAUUAUUAGACCUGGCGAUCCGCCAGAAGAAGGUAAAAUUGAUUUUGAAUCAGGAACUAUUAUCACUGAUUCUAUAACAACUACAGCUUUUACAAAACCAUUUACAAACUCUCAGACAAGAUUAUCCGAAAUAGGUACUGAUAGGUAUCCAGGUAGAGUUCCAUCUAGUGGAAAUUUCCAGAAUUUUUCUAAUAAUUAUAAAAGACCAAUAUUACCUGAAAGUGGUACACCAUUAAUUGGUAUCUCUCAGGAUCCACUUACUGCCAAAAAAUUAGCAGAUUUACAAAUCAGAAGAUUCUAUACAAGACAACAAAUGUUAUCUAAGAAGAACGAUAAUGUGAAUCAAGAAAUGGCUCAACCAGUUAAGGAUGUUUCAUUGCAGAUGACUAAGACGGCAUUAAUUCCUAUCGAUGUUGAUCAUCCAAGGAGUUAUAUAUUACCAAUUUCGAUUACAAAAAAUAUUAACGUUUUACAAAGAACAGAUUAUGAAAAUUAUCAAAGAACAACAUCAUCACAGAGUUCUGCUCCUUUGACUUCUCGAAAACGUUUCAGGGGUGAAGCAUUGUGGUUCAAUGGACCAAGUAUGGAUAUAUCAGAGAGAUAUGUGAACCUCGGUGAAGAAGUUUCACGUGAUUAUUUAAACAAGAUAUUCAAAAAGACUAAAUUGGAUUAUGAAGAAACAACAGAAAUAUUGGAUAGUAGAAAUAGAAUUCUCAGUAGACACCAGCAAGCCAAAAUAAUUUCGAAAUAUCAUUUGGAAGAUAAGGAAGGGGAAAAUAAUCUCGACGAAGACACACACGAUGCAACUAAUGAGUCCAAAAGUACUACUGGAGAAGAACAUGAAUUUGACGAUGAAAAUAGAUUUAUUCCAGGUACUUUUGUCUUUGGCUUGCGUCCAUCAAGCAAAUUUAUUGCUCAUAAGUUAAAGUUAAAUGAAAUAAUAUAG